AACAUGUUAUUUUUUUCAUUAUAUUUAUCAACAUAGUUAUUUGAAACUUUGACAUAAAAUUUUGUUACCUUCUCUCUUUUCAAACGACAUACUUGGAGCUUUUUCACUUCCAAUGGAGUUUUCUAAAAGCACAAUCUUAGUGAUUUUGCAGCUGUUGUUAUUAUGGAAUAGAAUCUUUUAUAUCAAUGGAUGCUAUACAUCCAUCAUCAGCUUUGGCGACUCACUGGCUGACACGGGCAACAUUAAAAAGCUUGCCUCCGUGUCCCAUGCAAAGGUUGAGUCUCUUUGGCCGCCAUAUGGUGAAACCUUCUUUCAUCAACCCACUGGUCGUGCCUCCAAUGGACGCCUCAUUAUUGACUUCCUUGCUGAGAGUCUAGGGCUGCCAUUGAUACCGCCUUUUCUACAUGACAAUGAGAGUGACAAUGUGGUGUUGUUUGAACAAGGAAUUAAUUAUGCGGUGGUGUCUGCAACAGCGUUGGAUACAUCUUUUCAUGAAGCAAGAGGAACUAUUAAUCCUACAGCAAAUGUAUCUUUAGGAGUUCAAUUGGCAUGGUGUAAACAAUCAUUGCUUUCUAUUUGUAGUAACGCUUCAGAUUGUAGAAACUUAAUUGGACGUUCUUUAAUCCUAAUGGGAGAGAUUGGUGGAACCGAUUACAACAAUCCAAUAAUGCAAGAUAAAUCAAUCGACGAGGUUCAAUCAUACGUCCCCCUUGUUAUUGAUACCAUCAUCUCAGCAAUUAAUGAAGUAAUUGAUAUGGGUGCACAAACACUGGUUGUUCCAGGAACCUUUCCAAUUGGGUGUUCUAGUUCAAUUCUAACAUUACGUGGUUCUCAAAACAAACAAGACUAUGAUAACAUAACCGGUUGCCUAAUCAAGUUUAAUAAAAUUGCCGAAUACCACAAUGAAGUGCUGCAAGCAAAACUAAAACACCUUCGAGAGCUUCAUCCUAAUGUCAUCAUCAUCUAUGCUGAUUAUUACAAUGCUGCCAUGCAAAUUAUCUAUUCUCCAGUUAAAUUUGGAUUCACAAAUGGGGUUCUGAAGUCGUGUUGUGGAGGUGGAGGUCCCUUGAACUACAAUAAAUUUGUGCUAUGUGGACAUGCAUUCUCGACUGUAUGUGAUGACCCCGAUGCGUAUGCUUACUGGGAUGGAAUACACUUUACAGAAGCGGGAUACAAAAUAAUUUUCAAGAGUUUAUUUCAAGGCCAAUAUACUACACCCCGCUUUAAUUCCUUGUGUCCUAUACCUACACCUACAUCAGCAUCACAAUAAACUAUUUCAUAUAUUGUUUCACUUUCUGUAAACUACAUACAUAAUUAAAAUAAAAUAAAUGGCGUCCAUAAUCCAUAUAGAAUGUUUAGUGAGUAGUAACCAUUCAAGGGUUUAAAAUGAAUCACAAUAGAUGUCAUGUUGGUAUUUAAUAGAUAUGGAAUCGGGAUGUGUUUGGUUCAAUUUACGGAAUGGUACCAAUUAUGAACCAACGCGGGUUGUAUGGUACCUUUUUUUAAAACGUAGGGGUUAUUUCGUACUUGUAUUCAAAUGCAUGUGUUGUGAAGUAGUUUUCUUGGCCAAUUAUAUGAUUACGUAAAUAACGAAUCUAUUGAAUUUAAUAAUAACUU